AGAGCGCUCAUUCUCUAUCUCUGUCUCUCUCUCUCUCUCUCUGUCUCACUGCAAGUGCAACACUUCAUCAUAUCACAACGAAUCCCUCAAUUCUCGGCUUAAUUCUGUGCCCUAAAUUUGCCUCAGUUCGUCCCAAAUUCCCUGCGGAUUGGGCGAAUUCUCGUCUCCCCUUUGUCCUUUCCAUCUUUUCCUCGGAGAAAUUUCCUCCGUUUCCCCGGGUAAAGGAGAGAGCUUUUCGGGGUUUAGGGUUGGGGGUUGAUCGGAGGAGCGGAGAGGGGAAGGAGAGAUGAGCUUUCAGGAUCUGGAAUCGGGCCGUGCGGCGAGGCGAGAGCUGAUCAACGGCAAGCAGGAUGCCACCCAGGCGGUGGCUUCCGGGAUAUUCCAAAUCAACACCGCCGUGAAUACUUUCUACCGUCUAGUCAACACCCUCGGAACCCCCAAGGACACCCCCGAGCUCCGUGAGAAGCUGCGCAAAACAAGGCUUCACAUCGGCCAGCUGGUGAAGGAUACAUCCGCUAAACUUAAACAAGCCAGUGAAACUGAUCAUCAUGCUGGAGUAAGCCCGAAUAAGAAGAUUACAGAUGCCAAACUAGCAAAAGAUUUCCAGGCAGUUCUCAAAGAGUUCCAGAAGGCUCAGCGUCUUGCAGCUGAGAGGGAAACAGCAUAUGCCCCUUUUGUACCCCAAGCAGCUGUUUCUUCAAGUUACACAGCAAGCGAGCAAGACAUAAGUUCGGAUAAAACUCCUGAACAACAGACUCUUCUUGUUGAAUCCCGAAGGCAGGAAGUCUUACUGCUGGACAAUGAGAUUGCUUUCAAUGAGGCCAUAAUUGAGGAAAGGGAACAGGGAAUUCAAGAAAUUCAGGAACAGAUUGGGGAGGUGAAUGAGAUCUUUAAGGAUCUCGCGGUACUGGUUCAUGAGCAGGGAACUAUGAUUGAUGAUAUUGGAACCCAUGUUGAGAAUGCACAUGCUGCAACUGCACAAGGGAAGUCCCACCUGGUGAAAGCUGCAAAGACUGAACGGUCAAAUUCCUCGCUGGCCUGCUUGCUUUUGGUCAUCUUCGGGAUUGUGCUGCUCAUUGUUAUUAUUGUCCUCGUAGCAUGAGCAGAAGAACAACAAAUACUAUCGUAUAUAAUGCAACCAUAGCCACUGGGGAGAGAGCAACAACAUGGUGAUCCAGUCAUUCUCUUAAGACUCUCGGGUGAAAUGACGGUUUCCUGAAGUGUCAAUCCUUUUGGCAUCGAGUCUACAGAUGAAGGAAUUUUUAAUCUUUCCGUAGUUUGUUUUCUCGACUUUUUUUUCUUUUCCUUGGGCCUUUGGUCUGGGUGGGGGCUGUUUUGGUGCUUUUGGUUCUGUGCAUUCUUUUUCUUGUAUAAUUGUCUCCUGAGAUGGAUCAGUAAGAUGGAGCAGAUUGAUUUCAAAUGGAUAUAAAUAUGGCAGCGAGUUAUAUACCUGGAGGAUUUUAUUAUA